CAGACGGUGGUAGUUUUCCAGACGCACACCCAUGUGACCUUCGCAGGAUGCUCAUGCACUGGAGAUAAUAUUGGACAACAACCACUCAAAAAAAUACCUUAUUGUGUUGACCGAAUCAAGCGGCAGAGUUAUGGCUUUAAACAAAACAUUGAUGGCUAACACAUGUCUAUUGAGAUGUCUGAAGAACACACUGUGUGAGCGAGCCGCUGCUGCUGCAGGAUUACACACGACUGCCCUCCAUGAAAACUCCAACAGGGCAUCGAUAGUCCGGUGCACCAGAAAUAAAUUUGAGAGACAGUACCCCGUCCUGCUCGUGCGCACCGAUGGCUCCACCAUCAACAUCAGAUACAAGGAGCCGAGAAGAAUACUGCAGAUGCCGGUGGACAUCAACACUCUCUCGGAUGAGGAGCGGAAGAUCAGAAUGAGGAAGAGGGACCCAAAGAAGAUGGUGGCAAAGAAAGACAAAGAUGAAUUUAAAGACGAUUUCAAAGUUGACGACUACAGCCAGUUCUGGAAAAAGAAGUGAUAAGACUUUCCUUCACCUGUAUUUACAAGACGUGUGGUGUAAUUAUUGUGAGAUAAAUAUUAAUAAACAUUAUCUACAAUGUUCUUAAA